AUUCCCGGUUGCACGGGGAUGUAAGCCUCGUUCUCUUGGGCAAAAUCCUCGUUUCACAGCGAGAGGGUAUUCCGCUUCCCCCAAGUAUAAAACAUUCGUCGAAUAUCCAUCCCAUAGUCAAAAACAGUCAAGAAACAUUCUUGCACUUUUACCAAAUCUCUAAAACAGAAUUCCCCCACUCCAACCACCCAAAAUGAAUCUCACCACCUGCCUCCGCAAAUACAACCCCAACGUCUUCCGCCAACUAGACCCCUACGCCGACCCAAUCUACCUACAAUCACCGCAUCGACCCCAAACAGCCCUCGCAAAUUCACUAAUCAUCCCACGCACCCAUCCUUCCUACAACUCUACACACAUCUACAACGACUGCCAAUCCUGCGAAGAUGAUCCACGCACCGGUGCACACUACUGUCAUACUUGCAUCGAAGCACAAUACUAUGCCAUACAAUCGCAAUCCUAUUCACAGUCGCAACUCCAAGAUAUGUACUACACAGUAUGCGAAUGUCCGCAUUGCGAUAGCAUUUCAAAUCCCGCCAUCUUUACUCCAAGAGCCCAUUCUAGAGGUGACACCAGAUAUUCAAAUAUAAACAUAGAGCCCAUUUCUCAACAAUUGUAAGUUCAACUUUUCACCAGACAAUACAACUGGCUAUAUGACGUCGCUGACUGUCGAUGGCAGGCUUAAUGCAGGGAGAUAUACACAUGUAUCUCCCAGUAGACUCGGACAAAUUUCUUGUAGAGACGUGGGUUUACUUGCUUCUAGUUCCUGUUUGGGCGCUCUAGGUGGUUUGGGUGGGCCCAAUCUUGGAAGCCUUAGUGCUCUUAGCGGGAUUGGCGGGGUGAGAGACAUGAGAGAUACAAGGCAUCAUGGUGGAAGAUAUGGGUUGCAAAACAACCGGCUCGGGAUUGGAUAUCGUGUGUAGGAUUUCGAUUUUGUUUCCCAAUUAUCAUCAACAUUUAUUUUAGAGUUUGUAAUGGAAGUUAGAAGAAUCACGGGUAACAGGGAAGGAGUUAG